AUGCAACCUGGAAUCGAAAUUUACCCAGAAUCUGUUUUCGAUGUCGACUUACAGACCGGAUUCAUGCCCCCUCGUGUGCCUCUGGCCAGGCUUCCGGCAACUUGGAGACCUUGGGAGUCGCUGCUCGAGUCCGCUAUUCAACAGAAAUUGCGUCCAGGUGAUAUCAUCGGUUUAUCACCUCAAGAUGAAGCCCGGUCUGCCCGUUGGAGACAUCAAAUAGACACCACGCCAGUGCUCCUCACAGACCCCCUCAAAGAAUCCCCGGUACUCCUCCGCAGAGCUCAUCUAGUCCUAACCUUCCUCCUUCACUUUUACGUGCAAACAUUACCCCCAACCGCACCCGUCUUAAUACCUAGACCAAUCUCAAUACCCCUCCUCAAAAUCUCCAAACACCUCGACAUUUCCCCCGUAGUCACCUUCUCUGACACCGUCCUAUACAACUGGGACCUUAAAACCGCCCUAGCACCCUCAGAUUUCCCACCAUCCCUCGACAACUUACGUUCCCAGACACUAUUCUCAGGUUUACCAGACGAAGAAGUCUUCUACCUUUCUUCUGCUCGGAUAGAACUCCGCGGUGUUGAAGCUCUCGAAAUCAUGCGUAUGACGAUGGACGAGGUAUUCGUUGGUGACGACCUGGCUGUAGGAAGGACUACAAAAGGAUUAAAACGCCUAGCCAUCGUUAUCCGCGACUUACGACAACUCUUACUCGACGUCCGAAAAGGAUGUGAUCCCGAGACAUACUAUAACGAAGUUCGGCCUUGGUUCCGUGGUGAAGAUUCAGAUCCUCUUAAACGUAAAUGGGUGUUUGAAGGCAUCUCAGAAGAAGGACUCGAAGAGCCGAAAGAGUUGUCUGGAGCAAGCGCAGGACAGAGCUCGCUGGUUCAUGCUUUGGACUGUUUCUUGGGUGUGGAUAGCGUUAGGGCAACUCCAGAUGGGAAGCCGUCGUUUAUGUCGAGGAUGCAGGUUUAUAUGCCCAAGAAUCAUCGGCUGUUCUUGGAUCAUCUGGCGAAGACGAGCAGGCCCCUGAGAAGAUUUGUACAGGAAUCGAACAACGAGGAGUUGUUGAAAGCGUUCAAUGAGGCUGUUUUAGCAUUGAAGGAGUUUAGAGAUGCACAUAUGAUCAUUGUAACGUUGUAUAUUAUCGGGCCCUCGAAGAGAGCCAAUACUUUGGAAAGAGAGAAGAAGAGGGAGGAAAGGGAAAAACAGGAGUUGAAGGGCACUGGAGGGACCGAUCUCGUCAAGUUUCUGAAGGGUGUACGGACACAGACGGCGGAGACUGUAUUAGAACCCCCCCCCAACUAA